AUGUCUCUGCUUUUUAAUAUGCUGUCUAGGUUGGUCAUAGCUUUUCUUCCAAGGAGCAAGUGUUUUUUAAUUUCAUGGCUGCAGUCACCAUCUGCACCCUCUAUUGCCCACCUGCCUGAGGUCCCUACCUUGCCCCUGAUUCAGGAGCUGCUAGAAGAAGCCCCUGGCAAGCAGCAGAGGAAGCCGCGGGUCUUAGGGCAUCCCUUACGGUAUAUGAUGGAGUUGUACCGGCGUUCAGCUGACGCAAGUGGACACCCUAGGGAAAACCGCACCAUUGGGGCCACCAUGGUGAGGCUGGUGAGGCCGCUGGCUAGUGUAGCAAGGCCUCUCAGAGGCUCCUGGCACAUACAGACCCUGGACUUUCCUCUGAGACCAAACCGGGUAGCCUACCAACUAGUCAGAGCCACUGUGGUUUACCGCCAUCAACUCCACCUAACUCAUUCCCACCUCUCCUGCCAUGUGGAACCCUGGAUCCAGAAAAGCCCAACCAGUCACUUUUCUUCUUCAGGAAGAGGCUCCUCAAAGCCUUCCCUGCUGCCCAAAGCUUGGACAGAGAUAGAUAUCAUGGAACAUGUUGGACAAAAGCUGUGGAAUCGCAAGGGGCGCAGGGUUCUACGACUCCGCUUCGUGUGUCAGCAGCCAAGAGGUAGUGAGGUUCUUGAGUUCUGGUGGCAUGGCACUUCAUCAUUGGACACUGUUUUCUUGUUACUGUAUUUCAAUGACACUCAGAGUGUUCAGAAGACCAAACCUCUCCCUAAAGGCCUGAAAGAGUUUACAGAAAAAGACCCUUCUCUUCUCUUGAGGAGGGCUCGUCAAGCAGGCAGUAUUGCAUCUGAAGUUCCUGGCCCCUCCAGGGAGCAUGAUGGGCCUGAAAUUAACCAGUGUUCCCUCCACCCUUUUCAAGUCAGCUUCAAACAGCUGGGCUGGGAUCACUGGAUCAUCGCUCCCCAUCUCUAUACCCCAAACUACUGUAAGGGAGUAUGUCCUCGGGUACUACACUAUGGUCUCAAUUCUCCCAAUCAUGCCAUCAUCCAGAACCUUGUCAAUGAGCUGGUGGAUCAGAGUGUUCCUCAGCCUUCCUGUGUCCCUUAUAAGUAUGUUCCCAUUAGCAUCCUGCUGAUUGAGGCAAAUGGGAGUAUCUUGUACAAGGAGUAUGAGGGUAUGAUUGCCCAGUCCUGCACAUGCAGGUGA